AGUCACAGAUUUUAUCGAAGGUGACUAAUUUUAAUCGCAUGCGACUUAAAAUUGGUAUUCUUGAACUAAAUCGAUAAGAUUUUAUCACUUGUCGUAUGCGAUAAAGUAUUCCGAAUGAACCACUGUGGUAACAACACAAAAUCUAGAUUUUAACCUCAAAUAAUCCGGAAUUCUACAUAAUAUUUACUAGUUCUAGAUAAGAAGUACUAGAUAGUACUAGAUAGUACUAGUCUCUAAACCGUGAUUAACUUUACAACCUUACAGUUAAGUAUUUGUUAUAUUUUUUUUUUGUUUAUUUUGUUAUAAGUACCAUACUACCAUUUUUAAUAUUAUAAUGUCUAAAGACACUAAAGUGAGACCAACUCAAACCCAGAUGAGGUAUUUGGUUGAUCUAAUGGCCAAUGAUCAACAAUUGUGUUCGGGCAAGUUUACUAAAAGUUUUACACAUAAAAUUGCUCAACAAAGAUGGGAAAGCAUCUCUAUUCAAUUAAAUGCAUUACCAGGUGCGGAGAAGAGUUGGAAUAAGUGGAAGAAAACAUGGCAAGAUACUAGAAACAUAACAAAAUCUAAAGCGGCAGCUAUUAAAAGGCACAUAGGAGGUACAGGUGGUGGAUCAAAAUGCGAAAUUGAACUAAAUGAAGUUCAAAAGGAAAUUUUACCUUUAUUUAGCCAAGCAUCUGUUAGCGGUCACUUUAAUUCUGAAGAGUCAGUGGUUGAGUUUGACUUUGAUGAUACAACUAAAGAUGUGUUAACUGAUGCUAAUGAAUUAUGUAUUGAAGAGUUGGUAGAGACAAUCACUUACAGUAAUUCUGAGAAAGAAAAUAAUGAACCCCCAUUAAACAUUAAAGCUGUGAAUGAAAAUUAUUACGAGCCUUCAACUUUUGAACCAUUAACAACAACUACAAGUGCUCAUAAACCAAGUAAAAACUUCCAAAUAAGUUUAAAAAAAAAAAAAUUAUUUUUUUAUUAUUUUUUAAUUUAUUUAAUUAAUUAAUUAAUUUAUUUAUUUUUAAUGAUAAAUUAUAUGACU